GUCGUGCGUCGGCUUCCCGUGCAGGAAGUGUUUCAUUUCGGGUGUUGGUGUCACUAUCGCCAGAAAAAUGGUGUUCCCUUUACGGUUGAGUUUUCUCCUCGUGGUGCCACUAGCGGGAGCCUUUCUGUUUCCCGAUAAUCCGAUGAUAAGACGCGCGAUGAAAUCCGACGGGAUACGGGCCCAACGUUACGAUAUUCACCCGCAGCAGCAUCAAGAGGAGCAGAUCGUGGAAUCCAGUGAUGGUCACGUCGAAUGCACGACACCGACGAGGUUACGGGGCCGUUGCAUCUCCAUCUACGAGUGUGACAGCAUACUGGACUACUUCAAGCAGCGCAUCCUCACCUGGGAGGAGCGUGAGUUCCUGCGCAAAUCGCAAUGUACCGGAGCGACCAGCGGACGCCAGCCGUUCGUGUGCUGUCCCGGCAACGGUUCCAAACCGGUCGUAGCACCCGCGACGACUGUUCCUGCUGGGACAGCGUCCACCACACCCGCUGGACCGGCGGCGACUGCCCCGAGCGGUGAUGCUGCGCUGGCCGAUCAGCUCGUUGGUGGUUUGCUGCCCAACCCGAAGAAGAACGAGUGCGGCGUUAGCAUCGGCAUGCGGAUCUACGGUGGCCAAAAUGCGGACAUCGACGAAUUUCCUUGGCUGGCGCUGUUGCAGUACGAAAACCGCAAGGGCGAGCGAAAGUACAGCUGCGGAGGGUCGCUGAUCAAUCGGCGCUACGUACUGACCGCUGCCCACUGCGUUAUCGGAGAGGUUGAGCGCAAGGAGGGCAAACUGGUCUCGGUACGGCUCGGGGAAUACAACACCAAAACCGAAAUCGACUGCGUGACGGAGGAGCAGGAGGAAAUCUGUGCCGAUCCACCGAUCGAUGCCGGCAUCGAGUCGGUCAUCGUACAUCCGGGAUACCAGGAUAUGGCACACGCAGACGAUAUCGCGCUCUUGCGGCUGGCGCAAUCGAUCGAGUAUACGAGCUUCGUGCAACCGGUUUGUCUGCCACUGACCGACUUCCGGGCGUCGAAAACGGGCGAGGUCAACUUUGUGACCGGGUUCGGGCGUACAUUGCAAGAGAGCCGAAGCGCGGUUAAGCAAAAGCUGGGCAUCAAGGUGUACGAUCAUGCCCGGUGCCAGGAGAAGUACGCUACGAAGAAUUCGUCGAUAACGACCAAUCAGCUCUGCGCCGGUGGCGAGUACGCGAAGGACUCGUGCCACGGCGAUUCCGGUGGUCCGCUGAUGAAGCUGCAGAAGGUUUGGUACCUCGAGGGCAUCGUCUCGUACGGCAACCGGUGCGGGCUGGAGGACUGGCCGGGGGUGUACACUCACGUGCCCGCGUACAUGGCCUGGGUGAGAAGCAAUAUCAAGGACAGCAAUCAGUCGAUCUUGAUCCUGCCUGGGGUAACGAUCGUCAUGGCAAAGGUGGUGGAUUGUGUGCUGCUGCUGCUGCUGGCGUUCAUUGCCGUUGUUCGUGGACAAGAAGCUUGCCGGACGCCCGAUCAUCGCGAUGGAGUGUGCCACCCGGUACAGCAGUGCCCGAGCGUAAGGGAUGAGUUCUUCAAUUCCGACCGGGUGCUGAGCGAGGACGAGAUCGACUACCUGCGCAAGCUGCAGUGCAAAACGAAGGACGUGACCAUCUGCUGCCCGGACGGUGUGACGACUGUGGACCGUAAUCCGACGGCCGUGCGCGACGGCCUGCCGAACCCGAAAGCGUUCGAGUGUGGUUUGGACACGCUGGCGGAUCGGAUCAUCGGCGGUAACUAUACGGCGAUCGACGAGUUCCCCUGGUACGCGCUGCUCGAGUACCAAUCGAAGAAGGGCGAGCGGGCGUUCAAGUGCGGCGGCUCGCUGAUCAACGGACGGUACGUGCUGACGGCGGCCCACUGUCUGGCCAACAAGAAGCUGGACGAAGGCGAACGACUGGUUAACGUGCGUCUCGGAGAGUACAACACCGCGACCGAUACGGAUUGUGCCGACGGCAACCCGGACGAUUGUGCCGAUCCGCCGCAAAACUUUGGCAUCGAGGCACAGAUCGUUCAUCCGGGGUACGAUAAGAACGGACCUUACCAGCAUCAUGACAUUGCACUGAUCCGGCUCGAUCGGGACGUUACGAUGAACAACUUCGUUUCGCCGGUAUGUCUUCCGCCGGAUGACUUCCCGCCUACCAGCCCCGGUCUUAACGUUACGGCGGUUGGGUUCGGACACACGGGACGACAGCGACACAGCGGCAUCAAGAAGAAGGCCCAGUUCCCGGUGUUUGCUCAGGAGGAGUGUGACAAGAAGUGGAAAAACAUUGAAGUCAUUGGGGAGCAGCUGUGCGCGGGCGGUGUGUUUGGGAUCGAUUCGUGCAGCGGCGAUUCCGGUGGCCCGUUGAUGAAAGUGUCGCGCUUUGAAGACCUCACCAUGUCGUCCGCGGUGCUGCUGCUGCUGGUUUGCGGCUGUGCGCUUGCGGUUCUGUCGCCGGUUGCGUACGGUGCGCCCAUGGACACAGACGAUCGUCCCGUGUGGGACUCGAUCCGGCUGUGCGACAUCCCGAACGAGCCCAACCCGGGCCAGUGCAUGCUGCCGGCCGAAUGUGUCGCCUACGGGAAGAUCAACGACGUGUCCAGCCUAAGCUCGAUCGAGCGCUUCAGCUUCAUCAAGCAGAUCCAGUGCAACGGGUCGGACACGGUGCCGUACGUGUGCUGUCCCCGCAACAGUGACGCUUACCGCGAACCUUAUGUGAAUGAGACGAUGGUCCCGAAGAAUCGGGUCGCAAGCCGCAUCGCAUUCGAUGCCGACUCCUGCGGCAUCCAGAGCUACGUGGCCAAGAUCCGGGGCGGCCAGCUGGCCGAGAUCGACGAGUUCCCGUGGAUGGCAAUGCUUCUCUACGAGCGGGACAACAACGCACUGACCCAGGGAUGCGGGGGAGCACUGAUAAGUCGCACGUACGUGAUCACCGCCGCGCACUGUGUGACCGGGAAGAACUUUCAGCAAACCAAGGGCCGGCUGAAGUUUGUGCGGCUGCGCGAGUACAACAUCCACACCAACCCGGACUGCGUGUACGAGAACGACCUGAAGGACUGUUCGGACGAUAUGAUCGAUCUGGUGCCGCAAGCGGUCAUACCGCACCCGGAGUACGAUUCGGAGUCGAGCAACCAGCAGCACGACAUUGCGCUGAUCCGGAUCGAGCAGACGCCCCCGUUUACCGACUUUCUGCGCUCGAUCUGUCUGCCGGAGCAGAACUUUGAGAGUAGCGCGACGCCGGGCAAGAAGCUGAGCGUGUCCGGCUGGGGCCGUACCGAUAUCUUCAAGGACAAUCUCGGACCGGAUGUGCUGAGCCCGAUCAAGCUGAAGCUCAGCCUACCGUACGUCGAACGGGAAAAGUGCAGCAAAACGUUCCGGCCGUGGUCGUUCGCGCUCGGGCCGGGUCAAAUGUGUGCCGGCGGCGAGCGGGCGAAGGAUACGUGCGCCGGGGACAGUGGUUCGCCGCUCAUGAGCUACGAUAUGAAGCGCGCCAUCUGGUACAUUACCGGCAUCGUCAGUCUCGGGGUGCGUGGAUGCGGCGUCGAGGGCCUGCCCGGCGUCUACACCAACGUGCAUCACUAUCUGCCGUGGAUCAAAAUGUACACCGGGGCGUAAGUGGCCGUCGGUCCACCGUCGCCGGUACUAGCAUGUAAUAAAUCUAAGCAAAUGUGUAGCAUA